AUGAGACCUAUUCCAGACCUCUCAUUCUCUCGCAAAUCCUCUGACCAUUCCCCAUCCCCAUCCCUUGACCCCCGCAUUGACACCCCCACGACCUUCUUCUUAUCGCGCAGUUCACAUGUCGCGGAUCACGAUCCCAGUAUAUCGAUAGAUAGUGGGGAUGUCAAAGAGAAUAUGUAUGGAGUACAAAGCUUAGCUUCUCUGUCCCAAUCAGAAUUCACGUCCUUGCCCGGACGCUUCGCAGAGGACGACCCGAAACAGGCAACCGACGAUUUGGAAUCGCAUCUCGCACAGCACCGGUCAACAUUGAAGUCCCUAGACUCGGGUACCAGGGAAUCCUCUGAACAUGCAUCUCCCACUCAUGCAUUGUCUCGGCCCCUGACUCCGCUUACGUUGGGCAUCCCCGAUGACCCAUCCUCGCUGCCCAGCAGCCCCAAAUCUAUAUCCAACCAGUCCAUGCGGCCUCUCGAUGAGAUUUCUAUCACGGAUGAAAUCAAUAGUCAGGCUGUCGGAUCCGGAGAUGAGGAGGAAAUGCUCCACGGGUCUCCAUUUCUGGGUCCAGGUGGGGCCCCCCAGCUUAUCAUGCCAAGUAUCAAAAUGCCCAGUCGGCGCCCGUUUACCGAGCGAGGAAAAGCCAUGGGUCGAUUCAAAGUUCUGCUGGCUGGUUCUCCCGGUUCUGGUAAGACCUCAUUGAUCAAGUCUAUUGUUCAGACAUGCGACGAUAUCGUACAUGUCGACACCAUCCCGCAAGCCUCUCUAGGACGUCGCAGACUUUCCACUCUCCGAUCUCGGGGGACGUUGACUGCUACUACGGAAAUUUAUGCCAGCACCAAACCUUAUCCCUCAUGGUGGUCUGAUCUGGAAGAUUCCCGCGUGCUUCAGCGCCGGAGAAGCAUCGGAGAAAUUGUGCUGGAGCGGAAUCUCUGUUUUGUAGACACACCCGCGACAACUUUAAGCCAAACAGGUCAAACCGAUGCUCUGGGGCAGUAUAUGAGACAGCAAUUAUUUCGUGCUACCAAUGCGCUCAAUGGGCCCAGUGUCGAUUUCCAAAACCUACUAGCGGGGAAUGGUGGAUCCCAGGUGGAUGCCGUAUUAUAUUUGAUUUCUAAUGACACCCUCUCGACAGAUGUGGAAUGCAUCAGCAAGCUCUGUGGACUAAGCAAUGUAGUUCCAAUAAUAUCUAAAGCAGAUACCCUCACUCCAGCUCAAAUCACCCAUUUAAAAGUACGCUUUCACGAACAAGCUCGCGAGGCCGGGAUAAAGCCAUUUCUGUUCGGCGAUCCACCGAAUGGUCUGGAUGGACUCGAAUCCCAGCCUCCAUAUGCUGUCUCCUCCGAGAAAACAAUAGACAAUGAAACAAUGGAUGCAAGUACUCUCAUGAGCCCGGACUAUGUCCAGCCCCUCGUGCCCUCCGAAUUAGAUGCUCUAGUCAACAAAAUGUUCGACCGCGACAACCUAGCCUGGAUGCGACAUUCUGCCGCAAAGAAACUCCUCCAGCAACGCACGGGCUCAUCCUUGCUCCCGCCCUCAAUGCCGCUACCUCGCGCGCAGCCGGGUCCUACUGCAAGUGGGUCUGCAUAUGCAUCUAGCAGCCGGCAUUCCGUCUCGGAAAUCCCCAUCUCUCCCGGCUCUCCACCUGGCUAUGCCAUGGCUCGCAUCGCAGAUUACACCCGACACGAGGAGCGCAUGGCGCAGGUCCGCCUUGCGCAGUGGGCGACAGACCUGCAGCGCAGCCUGCAGAACGAGCGCGAUCGAUAUGCCUCCCUGGCUCGCGGCGAGCGCGCUGUAUGGCUCACUCAGCGGCUGGGUGAGUGUGUUGUCGACGGCUCGUUGGUACCUCUUUCGCAGACGCCUGGAUUUUGUGGUUUACAUGGCCACGGCGGCGAGAAGAGCGCUGGUGGGUUCCAGGUCAUGCGCUCACAUACCAGUUCCGGAAAGUAUCGCUCUGCAACUUUCAGUCCGAACGACCCCCUCGGUGUGGUUGGCUGGAUUGAUGACCUCGGACACCGGAGUUGGGUGCUUGUUCAGAUCGUUGGGAGCGUGGGUGUUGUUGGUGGGUUGGCGCUCUGGCUUGCGCGCACUUGGGGUUUGCCGACGCGCAGUCUUUCAGAUCUGAGGGUUGAAUACUGGUGCGGUACCCUGGAACGGUAG